UUCAGGUCCUGCCCAACAGGAGACUGACAACUUUCAAGAAGUAGUCAUUCGUCGUAGAAUUCACCGGUUCUACACAGACAGAGCACUCCCAACGAUAGAUAAAAUGAUUUUUUGCUCUACAACAAGACAUAGAUUACUCAUACAGCAAACAAACACUUCUCAAAACAGUCGAGAAAAUGUGCUUCAUAUAUACAACACGCAACAAGAAAACAGCGUUGUACGAACAACACAGAAUUAUUGCUGCUCGUCAUCACUAUCUCAGACAAAUAAAGAAGUACAGAGAUGAGGGAAGACCAAUAGUGUAUCUAGACGAGACAUGGCUCAACGCGCACCAUACCUUAGAACGAUGCUGGACUGACUACGACGGCAAAGGAGGUUUGAGAGUCCCAUCAGGAAAAGGUGGAAGACUAAUUAUUCUCCAUGCAGGGUGGGAAGAGGGUUGGAUUUCUAAUGUUGACCUCGUUUUCAGAGAAAAGAAAGGCACCGGUUACUACCUUCAGGAAAUGAACACGGCCCACUUUAUGAAGUGGUUCAGAGAGAGGUUAAUUUCAAACCUUCCAGCAACUUCUGUUAUUGUUCUUGACAUGCCAAGUAUCUUAAUAACGUUGUUGAGAAAAUCCCAACAAAAAGCAGCACAAAAAGGACAUGAUCCAGUAUCUGGAGUCGCAUGAAAUCCCAUACGACAAGACACUGUUAAAAGCAGAGAUAUUCAUGCUAAUAAAAGCAAGAAACCCGGCUUCGCAGUACCUAACUGACGUCUUCGCUAAUCAGCACAGUCAUGACGUUCUGAGAUUGCCUGUCGAUCACUGUGAGUUGAAUCCGAUCAAGAUGGUCACAAGUCAAGGGCUAUGCGGCAUCUCAUAACAAGGAUUUCACCAUGGCGGGAAUUGAGCAGCUUGCGAGAGAAGGCAUUACGCAGGUUACAGCUGAGAAAUGGGCCAACUGUGUCAAGCACGUCAUUCAAAAGUAGAAAAGCACUAUCGAGAGACCGACGGGAUAGUUGAAGAAGCGGUCGACCGUGCUCUCAUUGAAGUAAGGCGUGAAGAAGAAGAGACUUCGGAAAGCGAAGAACUGUAGAACCGGCGAAGCAAAAACUGGCGAUAGUUGAUGGGCGUGUCCGAGCUGCCAUGUGAACAGGCCGAAUCUAGCACCUUGUGUUACCGUGUGACUAUUCUUUACAUUCAUGCCAAUUAGAUACAAGAAAUCUUCGGCUGGUUUCCCUCCGCCAGUGUCCCAUAUUGGAGAGCGUCCGAUUGACUCUACUAGCGUGCGUUACAUUAAAUCAAAAUUGUACACGUGUACAAUGUAAGAAUUACGAAAAUUCGUACACAGUGCUAGCAAGACAAACUAUAUCCACAGCAGUACGAAAUCAUUUUGCUGCCUCUGUGUCUUUGUCACGAACUGAUGCAGCUGGAAAAGCAGUUGACUGGUUAUAGAACCGUACCACAAUUGGCCCCUACUAAGCAGCCUACGGUCACUCUAGAUAAAAUGUCAUCGUGAAAACGAGCUACAAGUAGAAGGAAACGAAGAGCUCUAACACACGACAGUGGCAGUGCAACAGUCCAAAAUACUACACUUGCGAGCAGAUGUCAUGGGUACACGUACACCAGGUUAAACUCUGUGAGUUGUAUUCUGUUGAAUGAGCCUAGCAAUGCACGUAAACUAUGAUGCCCUUUUCCUUGCCGCCGAUGAACCACGAGUCGCUGCAAUUCUUUGUGUUCAGAGCUUUCACCCCUAGCGCGCGUUAGCUCCCAAUCAUUUGUCACUCGUCACCACACGUACGCUCCCGAAGUGCCAAUGACACGGUGAAAGCAAUGGGAAACGCCGACAGCGCACCCGAGGGUCGCUUUGGCCACGAGGCGGCACUCGACGGCGACAACCUCUUCGUCUGGGGCGGCGUGCAAUCUCACAACGCUCAACGAUCGACCGUAAAAUUCGCCGACCGACGCGACGUCUGGUGCUUCGAUACCAACGCAUGCCGCUGGAACAAAAAGCGAGCCAAGGCGGAGACAAAGUCCGACGUCCCGCCCCCUUGCGUCGACGCGCGUUGCGCCGUCGUCGACGGCACAGUUUACUCGUUCGGCGGCUGCAGCGACGUCAAGUCGUGGAGCUGUCUCAACGACGUCUACGCAUUGGAUCUCGACGAGCUGCGAUGGACGAGAGUGGCGGUGGAAGGCGACAGACCGACGCGGCGGACGGCGUGCGGCAUGUGUAGCGUGCAGGGCGGGAUACUGGUGGUCGGAGGGUACGGGAGGCGGAUCGAGGGCAGGCUGGCGGUCGGAGCUCGCUUUAUAGAGAAUCCGGACUACCCGCAGAACGGAUGGAGCAACGAAGUGCUCAUGUUUUCGCCUCUCAGUUGUUCAUGGAGGCCACUGCAUACCAAAACCUCAACUCCACUACCUCGAGCUCAUCACAGCUUGACAGCAUGCCAGCAGCACACUGUCGUUCUAUUCGGUGGUCGUUCUCAGAUUGGGAGACUAAGCGACUUACACAUACUAAACAUGCUGACUGAGGAAUGGGUCGAAGUACUAUUGGGACCGUCGAAGCCGGAGCCAAGAGCUGCUCACACUGCUUCUUAUCUCUCGUCCGACUACAUUCUUGUCUUGGGAGGAUGGAAUCAGUAUGAACAUGUUGCCAGACACAACUAUACGUUGGAUAUAAAAAGUGGCAAUGUGCAAAAGGUCACUUUUGUUGGUCAGAGUACUGAUAGGUCUAAUCAUUCAAUCUGCUGCCAGCAAUGCCAGGAUGGUGCAAUGUCUGUUACUGUGUUUGGAGGGUGAGGCCUAUCUUUUGGUAUUAAUAUUGCGGUAAUGGAAGAGACACGUGUCAAUGUGGAGGAUGAUGCUAAUGACCAUGUUGACGAUGUUGCCGUUGAUGAAGACUUUGACUCAAGUCAGCCGAAAGCCAGAAGAAGGAAAUCCUACACUGUAGGAUUCAAGUUGGCGGCCGUGGACAAGUUUGAUCAGCUUGGCGGCAUGUUCUUGAAGACUUAGUAGUAGUUAGUAGUACUGCUUAAGAAAGAUAUUAGAUUUUGUUGGAUGUGCAACUUGAGGAGAUUGUAACAUUCCCUCAUUUACAACGGCAUGCUGUUGUACCUCGAGGUAUAAUGGCACCCUGGUAAAAUUCAUUCCAUAAUGGCAUGCCGUUCUAUGCAAGGUAAUACGGUAUGUGUGUUUGUUGAUGUCAAUAAUUACAAGAAAUUUGUGAAAUCAUAACAAUGAAUGCCCAAAAUUUAAAAUGUCAAGUAAAACCUCUUUUGCUAGAGCACGAUGUCCGACCAAAACUUUUGCCUUAUAUACCACUCUGUAAUGAUUUAAUAAUACACACAAUGUACUGCAAGCUCUUGGUGUUUUGACU